AUGCUCCUACCUGGUACCAUCUGUGCUUCCCGGUACCCAUUGUACCCACCUGCUCCUACCUGGUACCCAUCUGGCUACAGUACCCACAUUGUCCCACCUGCUCCUACCUGGUACCCAUCUGGCCCUACCCAUCCCUUGUCCCACCUGUCUACCUGGUACCCAUCUGGCCCUACCCGGUACAUUGUGCCCACCUGCUCUACCUGGUACCCAUCUGGCCCUACCCGGUACCCCCGAUGCCCCACCUGCUCCUACCUGGCACCCAUCUGUGUACCGGUACCCACAUUGCCCACCUGCCCUUACCUGGUACCCUUGGCCCCUACCGGUACCCACAUUGUACCCACCUACUCCCCUGGUACCCAUCUGGCCUACCGGUACCCACAUUGUCCCACCUGUCCCUACCUGGUACCCAUCCACCGGUGCCCACAUUGUGCCCACCUGCUCCUACCUGGUACCCAUCUGGCCCUACCCGGUACCCACAUGCCCACCUGCUCCUACCUGGUACCCAUCUGGCCUACCUGGUGCCCACAGUACCCACCUGCCCAUACCUGGUGCCCAUCCCCCUCCGGUCCACAUUGUCCCUCCUACCUGGUACCCAUCUGUUCGGUACCCACCUGCCCCUUACCUGGUACCCUAUCUGGGCCCAUUGUACCCACCUGCCCCUCCUGGCCGCCGUUCUCCUGGUACCCAUCUUCCGGUCACCAUUGUCCCACCUGCCCUACCUGGUGCCCAUCUGUCCGGUACCCACAUUGCCUCCCUCCUGGUGCCCAUCUGGCCCCGGUCCCACCUACCUGUCCCUGCUCCAUCCCCUGUGCCCACCUGCCCCUACCUGGUACCCAUAUGGCCCUACCCGGUACCCUGAUUGCCCACCUGCUCCUACCUGGUACCCAUCUGGCCAUUGCCCAGUACCCACAUUGCCCACCUGCCCUUACCUGGUACCCAUCUGGCUACAGUGCACCCAUUGUACCCACCUGCUCCUACCUGGUACCCAUCUGGCCUACCGGUACCCACAUUGUACCCACCUGCUCCUACCUGGUACCCAUCUGGCCCUACCGGUACCCACAUUGUACCCACCUGCUCCUACCUGGUACCCAUCUGGCCCUACCCGGUACCCACAUUGUGCCCACCUGCUCCUACCUGGUACCCAUCUGGCUACCCAGUACCCACAUUGUCCCACCUGCUCCCUACCUGGUACCCAUCUGUGGCCCCUGGUACCCAUUGUACCUGCCCCUACCUGGUGCCCAUCUACCCAGUACCCACAUUGUACCCACCUGCUCCCACCUGGUCCAUCUGGCCCUACCAUGCCCACCUUACCUGGUGCCCAUUUGGGGCACCCACAUUGUCCCACCUGCCCUACCUGGUGCCCAUGGCAUUUCCGGUACCCAUUGGCCACCUGCUCCUACCUGGUACCCAUCUGGCCCUACCUGGUACCCACAUUGUACCCACCUGCCCUUACCUGGUACCCAUCUGGCCCUACCCGGUACCCACAUUGUGCCCACCUGCUCCUACCUGGUACCCAUCUGGCCCUACCCGGUGCACCUGCCUUACCUGGUCCCAUUGGUGCCCAGUGCACACAUUGUGCCACCUGCCCAUACCUGGUACCCAUGGCCCUACCCGGUACCCACAUUGUCCCCACCUGUCUACCUGGUGCCCAUCUGGCCCUACCGGUACCCACAUUGUGCCACCUCUCCUACCUGGUACCCAUCUGGCCCUACCCGGUGCCCACAUUGUACCCACCUGCUCCUACCUGGUACCCAUCUGGCCCCUACCGGUACCCAUUGUACACCUGCUCCUACCUGGUGCCCAUCUGGCCCUACGGUACACCCACCUGCUCCUACCUGGUACCCACAUUGCCCACCUGCCCUUACCUGGUACCCAUCUGGCCCUACCCGGUGCACAUUGUACCCACCUGCCCCUACCUGGCACCCAUCUGGCCCUACAGUGCCCACAUUGUACCCACCUGUCCCACCUGGUACCCAUAUGGCCCUACCGGUACCCACAUUUCACCCACCUGCUCCUAUCUGGUCCCUCUAG